AGCAACCAAGCCACAAAACUCCAAUUUUCCUCAAAUCACUAGUCUCUGAUUCUUCUGCUAUUCCACAAACCGAGUCCUCAGAACCCACUACUCUUUUAUUCAUCCACCCACUCUUUUACUAUUGAGCUUUCCAAUCUUCCUGCUGUUUUUUUUUUGAAGAAGAUGGUGACGGGUGUUUGGCUGCGGAUGGUAGCAUAAAACACCAAAGGCUCCGAAAAUGGUGGACGGGUCGAGCUCUUCUGGGUCAGACUCGGAGUCAAACGGGUGGAGCAGAGCUCGAGGAUUAGUAAUAAAGAGUCUAGUUUUAAUAGGAGGUGCCAUUCUUGUUAAACGCCUCACCAAGUCCACUACUCGCUGGGACCAUGCCCGUCUCGUUUCUCAGUCCCUCACCGGUGAAAAAUUUUCGAGAGAACAAGCAGCUAGGGAUCCUGAUAACUACUUCAACAUUAGAAUGCUUACAUGUCCAGCAGCAGAGAUGGUGGAUGGUUCUAAAGUGUUAUAUUUCGAGCAAGCAUUUUGGAGGACUCCUCAAAAGCCCUUUCGGCAGAGAUUUUAUAUGGUCAAGCCCUGUCCCAAGGAAUUGAAAUGCGAUGUUGAGGUAAGCUCUUAUGCCAUUAGAGAUGCAGAGGAGUACAAAAACUUCUGUGAUCGCCCAAAGGAUCAGCGUCCGCUUCCAGAAGAAGUUAUUGGUGACAUUGCAGAACAUUUGACAACAAUACAUCUUAAUCGCUGUGACCGUGGAAAGCGCUGUUUAUAUGAAGGUUCUACUCCCCCUGGAGGAUUUCCAAAUUCAUGGAAUGGAGCAAGCUUCUGCACUUCUGAACUAGCGGUUUUAAAAAACAAUGAAAUACAUACUUGGGAUAGGGGCUACGAUGAUGAUGGAAAUCAGGUUUGGGGAGUAAGAGAAGGUCCUUACGACUUCAAGCCUGCGCCAGCCUCUAGUGUUAAUGACAUGUUUUCUCCCUUGAAUUUCCCUCCUCCGCUAUCAAUGGAGAAACGGAUACAGGGUUCUUUCGUCUUGCAGGAAUGAUCACUUGCUACAUACAUACCAACCAUUUGUAAAGUUUCAGCUAUGAAUUAUUUUUUCAUUUUUCUCGUCCAAGUUGUAUGACCUUAUUUAACAUCAUUUUUCUUUCUUAGAUAGAUAAAAGUGUAGCACUACUAAUGAAUAAUGUGAUGUGCUAGAUAUUUGAAUGUAUAUGACAUAGUAAAGUCAUUCACUUGGCUAUGAAUUAUAAUGCAAGCACAUUAGUUAGUUCA